AUGUCAGCUCCCAAGCUCCUCUAUGUUGCAGUAUAUGAUCCCAUGGCCGUAGCCAGUGGGAUCGAGGAACUUGAAGAACUCUAUCGUCACGUGGUUGUCUCAAUGUCAGGCGAAGUAGAUUCCAAUGCCCUCAUUCAACACAUUGGGAUGCUCAGAGGGAUGACCCUGUUCCAUGAAGCGUUCAAGGGAGCAAACGAGCUGGAUGCUAAAAUCGAAGUGUCUUUGAGCUCCAGUACAAUUAUUGAUCUUGAUGCUGGCGAGCACCAUGUGAUUGUGGAAGUUAGUCUGACAGACUCUUUUGCGGUGCAGCAAGCCACUGUAAUAAUUAAGCGGGCCAUUACUAACUAUACGUUGUUAUGUGGUGAAAAGCAACAGAACGACACCUUGAAGUUAUACUGGGAUUCGUUCUUAGCACUGUUCAAUACUGGUGGUGUUACUGACGUACUUCCUUGGUGCAACAGACUUAAUCCAAGCGGUGCUCUUUCCAUGAUACCGUCUCGUGAUGUGUACCGACGUUCAGCUUUAGGAGGCAUUGACUUCAAUGGUGUGGAGUGUUCAGCUGCAAUUGUGUUCUACACUGGCAAGACCACAGUAAAGAAUUACGGUGCUCGAUAUUUGAGGACCCAUGGUAUUGGUAUGCCUGACAAAUCAAGUGUUAUUUGGCUAUAUAAUAUGCUUGAAUUCCUUGACUAUAACGGUAACUUAAGUGCUAUUCAAGAGGGACUGACGGUUGAUAGGUUUUAUUCCGUUCCAUCGGGUGAUACUGCUGCUGGUUCUGAUGCUGGUGCUGCUUCUACUGACAACUCAUCAUCGGCUAUGUACGGGUUCCUUAAUCCUUUGAACUUUGAUCCUAGAGAAUAUUAUCCUGAUCCCCGACAGUUGAGUGCACAGGCUUUGAAUCCCUUGACCAUUACAAAUAAGUUUGUGGUGCUGCCAUUCUCCAGUACUAUGAGCACCAUUGGAUCUUGGAUAAAUGGGGAACCCACCAAUGCAGAAAAUCAUGAACAAGUCAAUGGACAGGAAGGGAAUGAAAAUGAUGACGAGAAUUCUACUGGCUCUUUCCUUAUAGGUCUUAUGAAAGAUGACUCUUCCUCCAUCACAAAGCGAACAAUUCAUGUCCCUUGCAAUGGCACGUUUAAGCCAUUCCAACUUGUAUUAUAUCUCAGUGAUGAUCACUUAUUUGCAGUUUUAUUUGAACCUGGUACGCCAGGCUUAAGUAAUCCUUCAUUCUAUGAAGACCUUGCAUCCCAAUUCGACUCAAGUCUUGGAAUGUCUAAAAGUGUCAUGACAUUCAAUUCCAUCCAAGACCUAGUGGCCGACCCAAACAUACUUUACGUCAUUUGCAACAUCCAUGAAGGAUCCAUUCGAACCUCACUUCCUUUCUUAGGUCCACCUGCAAUCACUUAUUUGCAUGAACAACUCAUUGAACUCGGAACAGAGUCAUCAUCCCCUUCAGACACUGAGUUUCUUCACAAGUUCAGAUCCAAUCGGUCUAACGAUUGGACCAUUUACCGGAUCACAUAUAAUGAUAGUGUCAUAUUCAUAUUGCUGAACCAUCAUCGAGGUACGGUGGUUAGUGGUAGUGGUGGUAAUCGACCUGUUACUGGUCGUCAACUGACUCCUACAACGACUCUGGACGAAGGUGGUAUUGGACUAUUCGAAGCACUUGGAGAUGAUGUAAAACAAUGGCUAUCCUCUUUACAAAAUGAUGAUGUUUAA